CGACAAUCAACAAUAGACUCCAACAAUAAAGAUUCUGUAUUUAAAGAAUUCCUCUAGUGAAACAACCAUACCCGACCCUCUUCAAUCUCCUAAACGCCAUCUCACGCACCAUCAUGUCUUCACCAAAGACAAUCGCUUUCUUUGGCGCUAGCACAGGCGUAGGCCUCUCAGCGCUGAAGCAUUCACUGGCUGCAGGGCAUAACUGUGUCGCAUUAUGUCGAGUUCCGGCAAAACUCGAGGCUCAUGUCUCCCCAAAAAGCUAUCCAAAUCUACAAAUUAUUGAAGGUAAUGCCCACGACAUCAAGGCAGUAGCUUCUUGUCUGAAGAAGGACGAUGGCUCAAUCGUGGAUGCGGUUGUCUCCACGAUCGGCGGCAAACCAAUCAUUCACAAAAUGACGAUUGAUGAUCCCAACUGCUGUCGGGUCGGCAUCGCUGUCCUUCUUGAUGCGCUCGCGCAAAUACGUGCAGAGGGUGCCGUUGGAAGACCGCAUAUCACUGUCUUUAGCACCACUGGCAUGUCAGACUUUGGGCGCGAUUAUCCCCUUCUGUUGUACCCUAUCUAUGCGAUUGCUUUGAAGGUCCCCCACGAAGACAAAAAGAUCAUGGAGACCAAGUUGGCCGAUAGUGGUGAGGACUUUACCAUCGUGCGGGGCAGUUUGUUGGUGGACGGUGAGAGUGAAACGCCAGUGCGCGUGGGCAUCGAGGACCCCAAGAACGGGAUAGAGUCUUUGGAGAUCGGAUACACCAUUUCAAGAGAGGACGCUGGGAAAUGGCUGGCAGAUAAACUGCUGGUAAAGACGCACGCUGAGUACGUGAACAAGAUUGCAUCCAUCACCUACUGAGGGGUUCAACGGAAUAAGGUGCAUUUAGAAGGCGUUGGGAAUUGCUUGGGAACACAGCGUGGACGUAUAUAUAAAUUAGCUCGUAUUGUCUAGUUUUUACUUGAUACAAAUAAUAAUCAUCACAAUAAAGAUUCCCAGGCCGUCUUGAAUCAACUCUUGGUGUCCGAUUCAGAGAAGUUGACAUGAUGACCGAUUAUCCUGAGGCAUC